GAAAAUGAAUAUGACAACAAGGUCUCUAGGAACCAUGCAGAACUAUUGGUUACAGAUGAUGAGGUCACAUUGACUGCGUAUGUUCAUCCUUUGAUUUUUUACGCCGCUGACCCAGAAAAGGAUGCUGAAAGUGCCAAAGAUAAUAAGAAGGAAGGGGAAUCAGUGGAGAAAGAGGCUGACAACGAGGAUUUGUCAAAGGAGGUUAAUUUUGAACCAAAUGAAACAGCGCAGGAAGGGGGACAGUCAUCGCCUUCCACACUUGGAAAAAGCCAAGACCAGGAUGAGAAAGCACAGUCUCCGUUAAAGCGGCCCAUAAGCCCAAACAAUGGAGAUGGUGAAGAAAUCAAAAAGGUCAAAACUGACGAUGAUAAUGCUGACGAGGCUGGACCCAGUAAUGGAGCGUCGACAAGUGACGACAAGAACGAUAAUGGACCAGUGCGCGAGAGGUGCAUGUAUGGAGCUAGCUGUUAUAGGAAGAACCUGCAGCACAGGGCGCAGUACUCGCACCCGGCGGACGCGGACUGGCCGGCGGCCGAGCGGCGCGCGUGCGCGUUCGGCGCGGCGUGCCGGCGCCGCGACCCGCGCCACCGCGCACUGCCCGCGCCCGCGCCGCCUCGGGACGCCGCUGCAGCGCGACGGACGAGAUCAGGUGAGAAAAAGAAAAAGAAAGUCGACGAUUCGUCAUCGUUGAUAGUGACGACCAAAAGACAGCGUAAGACAGUGAAAAUGGAUGCGUGGAGUGAUGACUCGGAGGUCGAGCAGGAUCCUUACGCGACUGAUGAGUCGGACGAGUGGCAGCCAUCCAGCGACUUCACGGAUACGCAGGCGUACACGUCUGAUUGAAAUUAAUGUGGAGCGGCUCGUGAUAUUUGUAAAUUUACUAUAGUCUCACUAUUACUGGUCUUCCUUGUGGUAUACUCAUGGCGAGGGUAGGGUAAACUAUAAAUUUAUUUACAACAUUCGUAGC